AUGUAUUCGGAAGCAGUGCCUCAGCAUUAUUGUUUCGACAUCAUGGAAAAAUGGAUUCGUCUACCAAUUAUGAAACCUGGUGCCGAAGCCGGUUUUGUGAGAGAACUUCGGGCACCUCCAGCUCUCACGCCACCGGAUGUUCUUGAGGAUGUUUCUGAAGAAUUAGCCGCAUAUGAUGCUGAAGAUGUACAUUCUGAAACCGAAGCUUUGUUUGGAUCCUCGUUUGAAGAAGAGGUUUUAAAAGAUGAAGAGGAAGCACACUCUCAUGGACAUUAG